AUGACUAGUUACUUGGCAUUGGGUCUCCCUUUCUUGUCCUUAUGCUUCUUAACCAUAACCAGAACCAUGCUUGCAGAAACUAGUUCCUUUGACCAAUGCAAAGAAACAAGUUGUGGUAUUGAUGGACCAUCCAUCAGAUUCCCCUUCAGACUUAAAGGAAUACAACCCCAAUGGUGUGCCCAUAAUCCCUGGUUUGAUCUAUACUGCACCCACACCAACCACACUGUGCUGGAACUCCCAUCUGUUAAGGCCUUCGUCAAAAGCAUCAACUACACUUCUCAACUCAUAACCGUGUCUUAUCCUGAAGCUUGCCUUCACAAACGGACUUCUCGCAGAAACACAUAUGACCAUGGUUAUGAUAUAAUAACAUCGGGAAACUUUUCUUGCCUCAAUGUGCCUGGCUUUGAAGUUAUAGCAGUACAUUCCUCAUCAUCAAUAAUAUGGUCUCCUUUAUUAUCUUGCACCAGAAUCCAAAGCCCCUUAUUAUUGCCAAAGUCUUUGUUUAACAACAACGUUGAUGCUGCUCUCAAUUGGUUCCAACCAGACUGCAGAAGCUGCGAACAAAAAGGUGGCCAAUGCAAGGCUAAAGAAAACACCUCUCAACCCAAAUUCCAAUGCAUUGGCAAACGCAAAGGUUCAUCAAAACGGAAACUGCUUGCUGGUAUCCUAAGCCCUUUUCUGCUUAUAUUUGUUGGAGUCACAGCAUAUUUUUUAUAUAUAGCUGGCAUGGAAAGGAAGAACUAUACAAGAAUUAAAAAGUUUUUGGAGGAUUACAAAGCAGUCAAGCCUGCCAGAUACUCUUAUGCAGAUAUAAAGAGGAUAACAAAUCAGUUCAAGGAAGAACUGGGGCAGGGGGCUUUUGGAACUGUCUUCAAAGGGAAGCUAUCAAAUGAAAUUCAGGUUGCUGUUAAGGUCCUAAACACUUCAACGGGGAACGGUCAAGAGUUCAUCAAUGAAAUGGAAGCAAUGUGUCAAAUUCACCAUGUCAAUGUGGCACGCCUUGUUGGCUUUUGUGCAGACGGAUUCAGAAGAGCCUUGGUGUAUGAGUUUUUACCAAACGGUUCAUUACAGAAAUUCAUAUCAUCAGCAGACAAUAAGGAUGUUUUUCUAGGUUGGGAAAAGCUACAGAAUAUUGCUCUUGGUGUAGCAAAGGGAAUUGAGUAUCUUCACCAAGGUUGUGAUAAACGAAUACUCCAUUUUGACAUCAAGCCUCAUAACGUAUUGCUAGACAACAGCUUCACACCCAAAAUAUCUGAUUUUGGUUUGGCCAAGCUUUGUUCCAAGGAUCAAAGUAUUGUGUCAAUGACCACAGCUAGGGGCACUUUGGGCUACAUUGCACCAGAGGUAUAUUCUAGGAACUUUGGCAGUGUAUCCUAUAAAUCAGACGUUUAUAGUUAUGGUAUGUUGCUGCUAGAAAUGGUUGGAGGAAGGAAAGUCACUGAUGUCACAGAAGAAAAUAGCAACCAAGUUUAUUAUCCACAAUGGAUUUAUAAUCUUCUUGAGAACAAUGAAGAGAUAACAAUCCACAUAGAAGGAGAAGACACUAAAGUUGCAAAGAUGCUAUCAAUUGUGGGACUUUGGUGCAUUCAGUGGCACCCAGUAAAUCGUCCAACCAUGAAAGCUGUGAUUCAAAUGCUGGAAGGAAAUGGAGAGAAUCUGGAGAUGCCUCCUAAUCCUUUUGCCUCUACAUCUGCUAAUAGAACAAAUGCUAGAUUUGGCACUGGACGUAUGAACCAAGAGCUAGAUGUUAUCACGGAAAUAGAGUGAAGUUGUGAUCAAAUUCAGUAGUAGUUACCCACAACCUUAAGUUCUCACUCUUAGGAUUAACUCAAUUUCAUAUGCUAUUUCUGCUUGUCGUUUCUCUGGAAUUUGACAUCCAUUGUUAGUUUGGUAUCUCCCUUGAAUUUGUUUUUCCUCAACGUUUUGCACGGUUCUUGGAGCUGGUCUGGCUGCACUAUUAAUGAGUAUAAGAUAAUGCACAUUAAGAUGAUAAAUGAUGGUAAUGAUGUCCGUACACUGAUAUCAAACUAUUCAUUGUAACUUGCUUGAUUGCUUACCACUUGGAUUUCUUCAAGAAUUUCCAAUUAGUUCAGAACAAACCUAAUCUUUCUUAUUAAUGGCGUGUGAUUAAAAGUGUGCUUAUUGUUUUUUCUUCCUAGUUUAGUCUUUGAAGUAAAGCGCUUCAUUGAUGAAGUUCUUGCCGGUUAAUGUUAUUAAUUAAAUGUUU